AUGGGCGAAGCGUCUAACUCCGCGGAAGUCCACCGUACCGGUGUGUGCGAUCCGUCGGGGGAGGAGAGAGACGGCCCCCGCCGAGGUGAGAGCAACGGCCCGCUGAUCAUGACUUCAGAUGACCACGUCAUGCUACCGUUCGAAUUCUUACUGAAGAAGAAACUGGAAUGGAGUCAGGACAAUGUGGAAUAUGGAAAAGGAAAUACCUCGUCUUUUCGAAGAAGCUGGGUCCCUGCAGUGCUGGCGUGUGUUCUUAUCUACUUCGCACUGUUUGUCGAAACGUCGUCAGCGACUGACAGUCUCGUUGCCAAAAGGUACAUUGCAAUUUUUGUGACGGUCUUUCUGGUCUCCGCUGUACCCUUCGCUCCCGAUGGACCAUUCAAGUGGCCGCAUCCGGUUUUUUGGAGACUAUUAUUCUGUCUUUCCGUCCUGUACCAGAUUGGACUAACCUUACUGUUAUUCCAGACAGUGGACCAGAGCAGGCAGUCGUUGAAGUACCUGGAUGUAUCGCUAGGGGUGCCGCUGUCCAGAAAGUCGUACGGCGAAAAUUGCACGUUUUGGGACCCCGAACAUCCGGAGAGAGUAUUGAAAAAGCUUUGGGCUGAAUGUGACAUAUACUGGGCUUCGCACACCCUGGGGUUUUAUUUUAAUGCGUUGGCCCUCCGUGACUACUGGCUUGCCCAUGUGCUGAGUGUGAUGUUUGAGUUGGUGGAGUACAGUCUGGAGCACCACAUUCCCGAGUUUCAGGAGUGCUGGUGGGACCACUGGAUUCUGGAUGUGGUCCUGUGCAACAGUCUGGGGAUCUGGUGUGGUAUGAAGACACUGGAGUAUCUGAACAUGAGGUUGUACAAUUGGCGGAGCCUAUGGGACGUUCCGGUCUAUCCUAGCAAGAGGACGCAAGUCGAUUGGAGCCGUACUUGGCGUUUCAAACGGUGCCUGUGCGUCUUCGCGUUCAUCGCAAGUCUACUGAUCAUGGAGCUGAACGCGUUCUACCUGAAGGCCGUGCUGUGGAUUCCCAUCUCACACUGGCUGCAGACGGUGCGGUUGGUGCUGUAUCUGGUAGGGGGCGCUGUGGUGUCGCGACGAGUCUACCGGUAUAUGGACGACCCGAACUGUGAGUACCUUGGUUACGAAACGUGGAUGGCGUGUCUACUUGUGAUCACUGAGAUCCUGAUCAUCGUCAGAUCGUCAUCUGAUCUGCUGCAGAUCCCUUUCCCGGAUCACGUUCUGCGCUGCUGGAUCGCGGGAUUCGUCUGCCUGAUGGCAUGGGCGGUGUGGAGGUUUUUCCUCAGGUAGCUGGAGCUUAAUAGGGUAGAUAGAGUGCUCGCUUUGUA